AUGACAUGCAAAAGCAAACUCACGAAAGCGGCAAAAUGCAUCCUCAGGUUGUUCUCAUCCGUUGAAUAUGCAUCUUUGGCAAUGUGUGGCUUUGGACUGGCACUGGUCUUUGCAGGCUCAUUGAUGCGGUGGAGACUUGAUGAGCACGGCGUCCAGCCGCUGCGAAAUGUGUGGAAGAUCAUGGGUUUUGACUCCAAGAGCUACGGGCUGCUUACGGUGCGUGCAAAAGACAUGCGAGCGUGGACAUUGAUCACCCACGAGGUAUGCGAUUGGACAGGAAUGAAAGGUGCACAGAUCAGCACUUAUGUGCAAGCUGGACUUGGUGGAGGAUGUGAUGGGUCGGAAGAUUGUAGCCAAGGCUUUGCAGACCAUUUGUAUGUGAGAUGCAAGGAGUACAACAAAAUUUACGUUGCCAACUUUGCCGUGCUUGGUUUCACAUUCAUUGGGUGUCUGCUGACUUUGAUUUCAAUUUUGAUUGGAACACUGCGGCCGCUAAAGAGAGCAGGUGGCAUUACCUAUGGAAUGCUACUCUAUUCAGGCUUAUCGAUGCUGGUUCUCGACGUGGCAUGGGCUGCGACCACUUGGAAUGCAUUUACGAUUCUGGGUGAGUCAGCAUGGUUUCCAUAUCCUUCGUUGGCAAUUGGUUGGUUUCUCCAUAUCUACGGCAGUGUGACCAUUACGGUUUCUGCAAAGGUAUUCGGUUGGCUCGUGAUGCCGUUGGUGCGUGGUUUUGAUCCAGAACAACACGAGUUGGAAGAGAGGAAGAAAAAACUUGAACGGAUGAACCUAUGGAGCAAGGAAGGGGAGCAGGAGCAGAUCAUGGUGCAGCAGCAGCAGUACCCGGUUCAUUCCCAAGGGUAUCCAGGCCAAGCUGAGUACUAUGGGAAUGGUAGCGCCGUGAACGCGAGCCAUACAUAUCCCGCUGCAAUGGUCCAGGAGGGUGCCGUGGGAUUUCGAUAUGAAGUGGACGUCCAGCCUGUGUUCCUCUUCGUCAACCCAAAAGCUGGCGGUCAGAUAGGAGAGGCCUUCCUGCAGGUUCCACAACCUUUUGAUGUCGAGAUCCGACAAGCACGCUCCAAAGCCAGGCUUUACAUUUUCAGCCUCACGGAGGGAGAGCCAGGAAAUAAACCCGGCUUUCACUUCUUGCGGCAAGUUGUGUUUAGCUACAGCUGGGUUCGAGUUUUCAUAGGCGGAGGUGAUGGCACUGUGAUGUGGGUGGUCUCGGAAGCUCAGAAGCACGGGAUCCACACAGAGACGAGCCUCCGGAUAGGGAUGGUGCCACUGGGAACAGGCAAUGACUUUGCACAGGCUUUGGGCUGGGGUGGCAGGAAUCCUGACCCAGAUGUAUUGCUUAGAAAUGAUUGCGAGACUUUGGCGGAGAUGGUGCAAGACUGGGUCCGAGCGGAGCCAGACAUUCAGGAUGUUUGGAAGGUUUCGCUGGAGGUGGAUGAAGAGGACGGAUUCAUCUACCACAAGGACGAUGUCAUGAGAAAUGCCGAUGAAUCAUACAAGAAAAGCUUGGAAACCUACAUGCUUCUGUACUGUGGCAUCGCUAAGGACGCGGAGCUGGCUUACAAUGUCGAGCUUCAUCGCACAAAGAGUCAAUGCUGCAACAAACUGGUCUAUGCUUGGCAAGGCAUUAUGAUAUCCCUGCACUUCUUUUGCUGCGUGGGUCAGCGAGUGCAAAGGGUGCUGAGAGGCCUUUACCACGGAACGGACAAGAAGGGACCGCCCAUCUUUGAAGUGGGAAUGAGAAGCACAGGUCCAAGGCUCUUCAGCAAUCCCGAAAUGCUAUUGUGUUUGAACAUCACUUCCUAUGGUGGCGGUGUUGCACGGAACUUGUGGAGAAACUCAUGGCGUUCUGGUACAUCCCACCCUCUCUCAGAAGACCUCCUGGAAGCCGAGCAAGACUCUGGUGACAAGAAGCUGGAAGUGAUCACACUCUCAAGGACCAUGAGGCUCCUGCGGGCUGCUAUGCCUACGAACUCUGUGCUGGGUGGCCGACGGGUUUUCCAGGGAGCUCCAUUGCACUUCGAGUUUAAGCAGAGAAACUAUCGCGAUUUGAUCACAUUUUUCCAAGUCGAUGGUGAAAGCUUCAAGCUCCAGAAUCCCAUUUCAUUGACGAUUAGGCAUGACCAGCAAAUCUCAGUCCUGCACAAGGUGGAGAAUCGGAGACCUGGAUGUUGCGGGACAGUGUGCGGGAACGAAUCGUCUGCGACGGAUUCAACCACAGAUGAUGAUGUAGUAUACAGUCCGCUGGAGGAAGCCUGA